AUGAAGACCGACGAGAACGAUGUCUACAUCGAUCAUGAAGCGGAGAAAGCGGUGGUGCGAAAGGUGGACUUGUUUGUGCUGCCUUUGCUGUGUCUGAGCAAUCUGGCCAACGCUAAGACCGACGGACUCGACGGGGAUAUUCAUCUGAAGGGCAAUGACUACUCGCUGCUCGUCCUCCUCUUCUACAUCCCCUUCGGGCUGUGCGAUCUGCCCUGGAACCUCCUGCUGCAGCGUUACUCCGGGCGCAUGACGCUCUCAUUCACUGACUCGACAGUGACGGUCGUUUGGGGGAUUCUCGCGCUAUGCCAGUGCGCUGUACACAACUUCGGCAGCAUGGUCGCGGUGCGGAUGAUCCUGGGGGUGUUCGAGGCCGGCUUCUUCGCCGGGGCCACCUUCUACUUGACGCUGUUCUACACGCGCGGCGAGAUGGGCUUUCGUCUGGCCAUCGUUCAAUGUUUCGCCGUCCUCGCCUCCGCCUUUAGUGGCCUCAUCUCCUUCGGAGUGUUUCAGAUCCACGACCCCGCCGUCAAGGGCUGGCAGUGGCUGUUCAUUCUGGAAGGAAGCAUGACCUUUCUGAUGGGGAUUGUCGCCUUCUUCUGUCUGCCGGACGGGCCGCAAACCGCCUGGUUCCUGUCGGAGCGAGAACGCGCCGCAGCAAGCGCGCGGGCCCUGCGCGACACCUCGGCCGCGGUGGCGACGGGGCUGGAUGUCCCGACGGCCUUUCAGAUGUGGAGCGACUGGAAGUUUCUGGUCUGGGGGGUGAUCUCCUUCACGUAUCCGGUUGCGUACGCAACCGCCAUGAACUUCUUCCCACUGAUCGUCGGACGUCUCGGCUACUCGACCGUCAAGACGAACCUGUGGACGGUUGCCCCGAACCUCGUCGGCGCCGUGGUGCUCCUCUGCGUGGCCUGGUCGUCUGACUACUGGCGCGAGCGCGGCUUCCACACCGUCUUCGCGCUGGUGUUGUCCCUGAUCGGCAUGGUCAUCCUGGCGACGAUCGACGUGCUGGCCCACAAAGGCGUCGCCUACUUCGCCUGCUUCCUCCUGGCAGCCGGGGCGUACAUCCCCUCGUGUCUGGUGCAUGCCUGGCACAACAAUAAUAACGUGCACGAAAGCUCCCGCGCCGCCAACACGGGGUUCUUGGUGGGACUGGGAAAUCUGGCCGGCGUGCUUAGCGCGGCGACGUUUCGGACGGAAUACGCCCCCAAAUAUCUUCCCACGCUGGUGGCCACCUGCUGCUGUAACGGGGUGGCCAUCGUGGUGAUCACCGGGUUGAGCGUGUACUUCCGGGUGGAAAAUCGGCGACGUGACCGACGCCAGGGAGUGCGACGGAACGCAGACGCCGUGGCGACUCGGUAUUUGGCCGAGGGGGAGCAGAGUCCAGAAUGGCUAUCCUCCCACGUCUGCGACUGGCCCUCCUGCGGCAAGAGUUUCACGCGAGCCGAACACCUGCGUCGCCAUGCGCUGAACCACGAGCAGGCCCGCCAGGGCUACGUCUGCGAGCGAUGCUCCGUGCACUUCCACCGGCCCGAUCUCCUCAGUCGUCAUCUUCUGCGUCAUGCCAAACGCGAUGAGGAGGCGGGGGGUCCGGGACUGGGGGUGUUGGAGACGCGCAAACGGACGCGUCGAGCGGACAAUGGGAGUAUCGUCGUGCGACCCCCGAAGCGACCGCUGCGAGGGGCGCCUCCCGGCCACCACCAGGACGCGUCUGCAUCUGGCUCCCGCGAGACCUCACUGGCCUCGUGCGCGCAGUCUGUCACCAGCUCACAGGACGCAGAGCCGAUUCCCGGGGCGCCGGUCUCGCCGCCGCGCUCGACGAGCGAUCCUACGACCCUGUCGCUAGAGGAUCCCGAUCCCCUGCUGGCUCCGCUGCUCCCCAAUGGGCCGUUCGAGCCGUACGUGGAGCCCAUACCGGGGCAGUUCGAUGCGGCGGAUGGGUCCUGGCGCUUGGGGGAUGGGGGCAUUGAGGAUUUCUUCAAUCUCGACACUGCGACCGAUUUCAAUAUGCCUUUCGCCGCGACGCACAACUACAACUGGCUGUUCGACGUCGCCACUCUCGACGACGCCUUCUCCUCUCUCGACCUCCCCCUCGAACCCGACCUGCUAUGGACCGAAGACCCCGACCCCAAUCCCAACCCAUCGGUCCUGCUCCAAGCCGCCUCGUUCGUCGAGCGCACCCCCGAGCACCUUGACUGGCUCUGCGAACUCGACCCCAGCACCACCAGCACCAGCACCAACCACCCACCGCACCCCCCAACCCUGACAGAGGCAUCCCGCCAAGGUUUCCUGGCACUGAUCGCGCGCAACCCCCCCUCCGGCCUCGACGGCCAACCCACCCCCCUCGACUCCCCCUUACUCUCGUUAUCGGCGCUGCAAACCUACAGCCACCUCUUCUUCACACGCUUCAACAUCACCUACCCCCUCAUCCACGCCCCCACCUUCACGCCCGACACCGUCGACCCGAUCCUCCUGGGGGCGAUCCUCUCCAUGGGGGCGACGUACAGCUCCCGCUCGGCCCACCAACUGGCCGUCGGCAUCCAUGAUUCCCUGCGGGGCCAGCUGUUCUGCCACGCGGCGUUUUCCCCGCAGCCCCCGCUGUGGGUGCUGCAGGCGAUGUUGCUCAUCGACUGCUUCGGGAAGAUGCGGGCGGGACCGAAGCAGCGAGAGCGCGCGCAGUUGUUUCAUUGUGUGCUAAUCAAACUCAUUCGCCGCAGUACCUGUCUGACUAUCCACACCCCCCCGGGGACGGAUCCCACUGGAUGGGGGGAUCCGCGGGAUGGAUUAACCGAACGAUGGCACCAAGCCAUGGACCGCGAACAACGCAAACGUCUCGCGAUGCACUGCUUCAUGUGGGACGUGCAGCACGCGGUCCUCUUCUCGCAGAGUUUGUGUAUGUCCGCCUUCGAGAUCCGGUCGUCGUUGCCGUGUGCCUCCGCGCUGUGGGAGGCGGGCACGGCGGAGGAGUGGGGGCGGUGGGGCACCCGGUCUGCGGGGCUGGAGGAGGAUGCCGAGACGGGGUUCCUGGCUGUCCUCAAAGGGUACAUCUCCCCCGCGCCGGGGCCCCGCGUCCGUGCAUGGGGGUGGGGUGGGGGGCAUUCGGGAUGGACGGUUGAGUCUGGAUCUGCCGAGUUUGUUGGUCCGAUUGACUGGGGAGGAGAGGAUCCUGGAGGCCCCGAGAUACGUGUAUGA